UCCAGGCUGCCGUAACUGGGACCCCCCCUGCCCUCCCGAUGCCCGGGCCACAGCAUGGGUCAGCUGCAGCGCUGCCUGGCGCGCGGGGAGUAUGGCCAGCUGCAGGAGUGCCCGCUCUUCGAGAGCGACUUCCUCCAGGUGACCAAGAGCGGAGACGUGGCCAGCCGGGUGACCCUGGGCAUCGCUGCCACCAGCCCCCGCCUGGAGCUGCCCGACCUCCUGCUGCUGGCGCGGCCCGUCCUGGUGCCCGCGGGGGGGCCCUGCUGCUGCCGCUGCGCCCGGGGGCUGCCCCCGCCGGAGGAGGAGCUUGAGCUCUUUGGGCUGCUGCCCCUGCGCUUCGUGCGGCUCUCCAUCCAAGACGAACUCCGGCAUCGGCUCAAGGUGCGUCUGGCCUCAGGCCGGACCUUCUACCUGCAGCUCCUGGCGCCGCCCGCCCAGCUGGAGCGAGUCUUCGGGCAGUGGGUACGACUGCUGUACCGCCUGCGCUACCAGCGGCCUGGGGCCUGGCACAGCGUGAGUCUGGGGGGCACGGGGCCCAGGCCUGCCUUAGUCUCCCCUUCCCUCCUCAACCACCAAUUCACACGCCCUUCCCAGAGCCAGGGAGAGAACCCAGGCGUCCGGGCUCCCAGCCCCCGCUGCUCUAACCGCCAGACCCCGCUCCCCUCCCAGAGCCAGGGA